GGUCAAAUGGGCUAACACUUGCAUCCAGUCCAAGACCCAACUCUUUGUUUUUCACCGGGAAACACGGCAAGCACCUAAAAGGAAAAAGAAAAAAGAAGAAAAACAAAGAUAAUUUCAUUGGAAAAGCAAAGCAAACCAGAGUGAGAAAUGGAGGACGCAAAGGCAAUGGCUCAUCAGCAGCAGCAAUUUCUCUUACAACAACAGCAGCAGCAACAGCAGCAGCAACAUCAGCAGCAUCAUCAACAUCAACAACAGCAACAUCAACAGCAACAAUUUCUUCUCUUACAGCAACUUCAAAAACAAGCCCAACAACAGCAGCAGCAGCAACAACAGCAACAGCAACAAGCAAUUUCUCGUUUCCCAUCAAACAUAGAUGCCCAUUUACGUACCACUCCUGGUGUUCUUCAUCACCGUCCUAUUAACAUCCAACAAAACCCUAAUUCUAGCCCUAACCCUAACCCUAAUUCCACUCCUAAUUUACAACAACAGCAACAGCAGCAGCAGCCACAACAACAGCAACAGCCACAGCAGCAACAACAGCAGCAACAGCAACAGCAACAGCAGAAGCAGAUCCGACCAUUGAAUCAAGCGGAGCUCCAAAUGGCUUAUCAGGAUGCCUGGCGUGUUUGUCACCCGGAUUUUAAGCGGCCCUUUUCGUCCCUUGAAGAUGCCUGUGAGAGGUUGCUACCUUAUCAUGUCGUAGCAGACUAUGAAGCAGAGGAAGAUGAUAGAAUCCUUGAUUCUGACACAACAGGCCAGAUGCCAUCUCGCUGCCAGCAGUGGGAUCACAAUAUUGCUGCCAAAGUCGCAGAGUUCACUGCCACAUUUGAGAAGCAGGCUCUUGCCUUCAAUAUAAUAUCUCGCAAACGAGCUAUGGGGGAAUUUCGAUCUGAGGAAAGGUUGAUGGUUGAACAGGCUCUUCUCCAAGAAGAGAAGAAAGCCAUGCUUGAUUUGAGAGCGGAAAUAGAAUCUAGGGAGAAGGCUGGUCGGGAAGCUCAUGAGGCCAAGUUGCGCAUGGCAGCAAUGGUUCAGGCGGAGCAAGCUCGAGCUGAAUCGCAAGCACAUGCUGAAAUUAUGGCUCGAGGACCUAUAAGGGCAAAUGCACUCGGGUCUCAAGGAGGCAACCUUCCAAUUGGUCAUGACAUUGGAGAGCAGCCACAGGGUGUUAACCCUGAUGAGAUGAUGAAUGGAUGGGGGAACAAUGCACAGAGGGACGAGAAGGAGCCUUCUGAAGAUUUCUUGAAUGAUGAAGAGACAGAAAAUGGAGAUACCGGCGUGCAGAACGACUGGCGCGAAGUUGGGGAGUUUGAUUUGAACAGUAGAUGAGUCAUGAGGGGUGGUUAUCUGCAUUUGUUAUCUGUCUAUCUUCCUCCCAUUUUAUUGGUUUCUCUCUUGUUUAUUUUUUUCUUCCCUCAUUUGGAAAGGCUUAGGAGGACGUUUUCAUUUUAUUUAGCCUUAUGUUACUUGUAUUAAUGUCUUGGCUAAGCAAGCAAAUGAGGUGCACCGCGCAGGAGUUUAUUUGCUUCUGGGAGCUGCUUGAGGCAUACAUUUAUCAUGUUAAAUGUUAUUUGUAAAUACACUACAUUGACAAAUUCAAAGUAGUCAUAUAAGCAGCUGGGCUUUGAGUAAUGAAAUUCAUGUUGUUUA